UUAGGGAUAUAUAAGACUUACAUUAUUUUCUGUUGUUUGAGAUUUUUUGAGAAUUCUCUACUUAUUGUUAACUUAAACUCAAAAAUACUUUUCAGCCUCCAACAACUCAAAAAACUCGAAUUCAAAACUGGACUCUUUUCAACGCUACAAGGGAACUCUUUCACAAAGAAUCGGAGCAACUACAACUUGAUAUUUUUCAAAGGAUACUUGGAAAUGAGAAAAGAGCUGUACAAGGCGGGGCUGGUUUAGCUCAACAAAAAUUACUAAUUAGAUUGUGUACACGCUUUCGAUCCGCCUUAACUUCUGAAUUGGAAGCUACUCUACUUAAUUAUGUUAUUGAAGAACAAAAAACACGUAUAUUCCACUUUGGUUUCUCCCAAAGCUUUUAAUCAAUUGACGAAUGAAGAAAAAAAGCAACGCUAUGAUACGUACUUGUGUACAUUGCUUUCGACACUUCAUGAGAGAGGAGAACACAAGGAAACUCUUUUCCACCGAAUUUUCCUCGAGGCACCUUUUUUAACAUCUGGUUCAUUGAAAAUCCUCAGGAAGGCUUGUCUCGACAAAGUAUACGGCGCUUUUGCAAUUACUACUCUUCGUGAGCUAAUUUUGACUCGAGCAAGACAACGACAGGAAUUACUCCGAUUACUCAUAGAAUUUAGUUAUUUUGAACGUGUUGAUAUUCGAGAGCAUUGUGUAAAAACAAUCAAAGAACUUUAUCAGCUUGAUUUUCUGCGUUCUGAUGUCCGUGGAUUUUUAGUUGAAAUGUCGGAAUUACUUGUUGCACCAACAGCUCCCAGGGUUAUUUGGCAUGCGAAUGGACGUUUGGCUAGAGAACUUGAGGAAAUAAUUGAUGAAAUGCCUUGGGAUGAAUCCCUCAUUAGGGCUGGACUCUUCCUGUUUUUGUCAUUGUUACCGCAAGAGCCUUCUUUAUUGAAGCAAUUGGCUUCGGUUUACGCGAGAGCAGGAACGGAGAUUAAACGGGUAACCUUUCGCAGUAUAGAACAAGCCAUCAAAUCAAUAGGGAUGCAUUCAGAAGAUCUUUUAGAUAUGAUUGAAAAUUGUCAACCUGAUGCUGAAACUUUGGUUGCUCGGAUUGUUCACUUGUUAACUGAAAGAAAUGCCCCAACACCAGCACUCGUUGAUCGUGUUCGAAAAUUACACCAAGCAAGGAAUACUGAUGUCAGAUCAUUAAUUCCAAUUUUGAAUAGUUUAAAAAAGGAAGAACUUAUAGAAUUAAUCCCAUGUUUUGUUCUCUCUGCUAAAAAUAGCAAUUCUGUUCCUAUAUUUUUCAAAAAACUUCUUUUUGGACGACACACAGAUACAAAUCAAGCUGUUUUGAGCCCGUUUGAGUUAUUGCUUGAAUUACACAGACUUAAGGCAAAUAGGAAAGAGCAAGGAUUUCUAAUGCAAAAUCUUGAUAUUCUAUUAGUUGACACUGCCCGUGAAUUUUCUUUUGGUAAAGAUGUUUUGGCUAUUGCAAUAGAAACACUUAUAAACGACAAAGUUUUCCCUGUUAUUCUCUUCUAUACAAUUCAAAAAGUGAACGAAGCACAGCCUACUUUAAAUGGAUUUUUAACUGGUUUAUUAGAAAAGAUUGCACAGCGAAAGCCGUGGACUGAGAUUGAGGGGGAUGAUACUGCUAGAGAAACUAUUUGGCAUAAAUUUGAAAUUUGUUCAAAAGCUUUAGGAUCAAAUGUGCACACUCGUUUUCCCCACCUAACAUCAUUACAACCUGAAAUAAAUGUUGAUAUUCCCACUUCUGUUAUUGAUAAAUUAAAAUCAACAGAAGAAAAAGAAAUUUCAAUGGAAGAAGAUAAGCCUUUAUUAAAUGAACAAAUAACCAUGGAAAAUUAA